AUGGAAGACCAAGUCAAAGCACUCAAUGCACAAGUUUCAUUACUUAAAUUCCAAGUCAGUGCACCAGCUUCUGUUGCUCAAGAAGAAGAGAAGAACAUGUUGAAUGCAAGAUUUGCUGAAAUUCAAGCCCAACCCGAUGAAGAAAGACAGAAUGCUGACACGAAUGACUUGACUGUCCAAGUUGAUCAACUCACAGACGAGAAGAAGAAGAAUAAGGAUUUGGAGGAAAUGGACAAGAUGAUCAACGACUUGAAUGCUGAAGUCGACAUGGCACACAAACAACUUGACACUGCAAAUGAUGACAAAGAUGGCAAUAAAGCGAUGAAACAGAAAUACCAAGACGAACUGAAGAGCGUUAGAACUGAACUUGAUCAAGAAAAGAAAGACCAUUCCAAGACCCAAUUGAUUAAAGGAAAGUACGAGAAAGAUAUCGCUGAAAUCACAGUCAAAGCUGAAACCCUUGAGAAGAACGUCCAGAUGGCUGAACAAGAGUAUGUCAAGACUAUGAGAGAUUAUAAAACUGCUUCAGAAGAAUUGAUGAGAACAAAGACAGUACUCGAUGAGAAACAAAACGAAUGCGACAAACUUGAAGACGAUAUGUCCAAGAUGAAGACUGAAUUGGAAGCCCUUGAACAAGCUGCUAAGACUUAUAAACAGUCGAAGAACACUUAUGAGAAGAAGUUGACUGAACUGAAUGAGCAACUUGACAAACUCAGAGAAGUGAUGGAAAACGAAAAUGAAUUCGGUGAAUAUAAGGAACAAGCCGAGAAUUCCAUUAAAUUGUUAGUUGCUCAAAAGGCUGAUUUACAGAAGGAACUUGAGAAAGAGAGAACAAUAAAACAAAACUCUGAUAAAGAAACUCAAAAACUUGGAACUAAAGUCACUGAUUUCGAAGCAAAAUUUACAAAAGUUGCUGCUUUAUUUGCGUUAAUUGAAAACAAAAUGCGAAACAGAAUUGGAAGAAAUUGA